AUGGCAACUGAUAAACCCCAGGUCCACCAGUGAUGAGUUCUCCAAGUGGAAACUUAAAGAAAGUCAAAAAGCAGCCAUUGCCUCAAGCUGCAAGAUCUCCUCCUUACAGAGCUACGCAGAAGCAUGGAGAUGCAUCGAAACUAGAGCUUAAAAUGGCUUCUACAAUUGCUUCAAGAGAAGGCUCCACUAGUGAUUUAGUUGUAAGCAGUGAUGACCAGCCCCUCCUGGCCGAGAUAAUAGGUGUCAUAAGAGAAGAGGAGAGCAAGAAAAGGAAAAAGACUAUAAAGCAGAGUGGAGUGCCAACAGAUAAUGAUCUAGUCUCAUCAAUGGCAACCAGACUUGCUAAUGUAGAGAAAGAUCUAUUGGCUGCUAAAAAAGAAAUAAUUGAAAAGGAUGUGUACAUUAGAAACUUAGAAGAACGGUUGUUGUCUGCAAAGACUAAAUUAAAUCAAAUGAGCUCUUCUCCCUCUCUCUCCUCCUCCUCCUCCUCUUAUCAUGAUCUGAAGCUACACUGUGAGGCUCUACAGCAGCAAGUUGAUGACAUGGAGGAAUUUCUUAAUGACUACGGUUUGGUAUGGGUUGGAAAAUGUCAACCACUAACUUCAACUCCUCCUAGUCUAUCUUCCACUACUCCUCCUCAAACCAAGCCAACACUGUGGAGUCCAGAAUCCUCUCUCCCUCCUCCUUUUCUGUCUCCUCCUUCUUUUAGGAUUGACUUUAAUCUCAUAGCAUCAAAUAUAACUUCAUUAAACACAAUUGCUGGUAAAGAUUGUCAUGUUAUAUCGCACACGCCAAAUGGAGCUGAACUUAAGGUACCAGAGCCAAUCCCUUUAGCAUUAUAUUCUAAUGGACUCAUGCUUUUUAGUGGCCCAUUCAGACCCUAUACUGACCCAAUGACUCAAAAUUUCAUCCAAGAUUUACUUGAUGGCUAUUUCCCAUCUGAACUAAAGGAGGCCUAUCCUGAAGGAGUCCCAUUUGAACUAAAUGACAAGCGUUACGAAGAGUAUAUCCACACUCCACAUCAUUAUAGAUUAUUCCCUGGAACAGGACAGAAACUAAGCAAUUCACCCUCCUCUCCUCUUACUCCUGGAAUUAGACACACUCCUAAUGUCACUUCAGACAGUAAUGUUGACAAAGGUGCAACUGUUUCUAUGGAGAACUUUCUUAGAAAGAUACCAAAGAAUGUCAUUAGAGGAGGAAGAGUGAUUGAUGUGCAUGCUGGGCUCACUGAGACUCUGCAAGGGUCAAGCUCCAAAGUAAGACUACUCAAUACUCCAGUUGUUGAAGAAAUCAAGCAAAGAUUAGAAUACGAUGAAGAGGUGAGGCCUCAUACACCAGGUAGACUAGUAACCCUCAGAAUAAAGUCUGAAACAGGAGAAACAACUUACAUUCUCAAGAUGCACUCAAGUGAUACCAUUGGUGAUAUUCAUAAGCAGCUCAAUAAGAUUAAUACAUGUAGAUCUAAACAAGAGAAGAAAGGUUUUGUAUUAAAAGGAGCAUUCCCACCACGUUCAUUCACUGAUAUGAAUAUUACACUUAAAGACUCUGGUCUUGUGCCUAGUGCUAAUCUAUUCCUUGCUAAAAUGGAACAAGCAAGUACUUCCGUUACUUGAUAAUAGUUUUAUUUCAUUUAUUUUUUGUUAUUAAAAAAUAAGAGACAUUUACACGGUACCUGUUGUUCUCAUUAUGCAAUAUGAGUUACUCUUACAUUCAUUCUCUCUUUCACUUUUUACUAUGCAAUUCAAUGAUCUACUUUUUCUAUGCAACUCAAA